ACUUGUGGAUUGUUGCCCUCGGGUCGCUCAGGGGCGGGACGCGGAACAGAGCCAUGGAACAACAUACGUCGGGGAAUCGCGAGUCCCGGGCCCGGCCGAGAGAGCGGGACCCAGACCGGCACCCCCGCCCGGACCGAGAACGCCACCCCGAGAGACAGCGGGACAGAGCCGGGGACCGGCGCAGGGAGAGAAACGGUGGCGGGCGGAAGGACGAGGACCGGGAUAGGGGGAGGGACCGGGAACCCCGCCAGGACAGACACAGGGCCGGGGACCAUCGUGGCGGUGAACAAAGAGUUGGGGAACAAUCCCGCCAGAGUCGGACGCGGGACGGACCCCGGCGGCCGACCUGGGACGCGGCCCCGCCCCUCUGGCCCGCGCCUUGGGAAACCGCGGAGCCACCGCCCCUGCGGAAGGAGGGCCUCGGACGCCGAGGACCAGAAAGUGAGCCCACUUCAGGGAGAUAUCCGCUUUCGACCCCCAGGCCUGGAGUACAGGAAGUGGAAUAUUACCAGUCAGAGGCUGAAGGGCUCCUGGAAUGCCACAAGUGCAGAUACCUGUGCACCGCGAGAGCCUGCUGCCAAAUGCUGGAGGUUCUCCUGAACUUGCUGAUCCUGGCCUGCAGCUCUGUGUCUUACAGUUCCACAGGGGGCUACACGGGCAUCACCAGCCUGGGGGGCAUUUACUACUACCAGUACGGAGGGGCUUACAGUGGUUUCGAUGGUGCUGACGGGGAGAAAGCGCAGCAGCUGGACGUCCAGUUCUACCAGCUAAAGCUGCCCAUGGUCACCGUGGCAAUGGCCUGCAGCGGAGCCCUCAUGGCCUUCUGCUGCCUCCUCAUCGCCAUGGGCGUCCUGCGGGUCCCGUGGCAUUGCCCCCUAUGGCUGGUGAUUGAAGCCUUGUUGGACGUGCUCAUUGCUGGGGCAUACAUCCCAGCCUUGUACUUCUACUUCCACUACCUCUCGGCUGCCUACGCCUCUCCCGUGUGUAAGGAGAGGGAGGCGCUGUACCAGAGGAAAGGAUACAGUGGCUUCAGCUGCAGUUUCCAUGGGGGAGACAUAGGUGCUGGAAUCUUUGCUGCCCUGGGCAUCGGGGUCUUUGCCCUGGGGGCCGUGCUGGCCAUAAGGGGUUACCGAAAGAUUAGGAAGCUGAAAGAGAAGCCUGCGGAAAUGCUGGAGUUUCAGGCUUUUUAAAACGUUCCGGGGCUUCCCUGGUGGCGCAGUGGUUGAGAGUCUGCCUGCCGAUGCAGGGGACGCGGGUUCGUGCCCUGUGUCCGGGAAGAUCCUACAUGCCGCAGAGCCAUGGCCGCUGAGCCUGCGCGUCCGGAGCCUGUGCUCCGCAACGAGAGAGGCCACAACAGUGAGAGGCCCAUGUACUGCAAAAAAAAAUUAAAAAGUUCCGAAAAACUCAAGUGAUGGAAGUUACUCUGAACCACUGUCUUUCGUGGAAUAUUUUGUUGCAGAACUUGCCAACCCUUGGAAAGUAACAGACCAAUUUUAGUUUGCUGGGCCUAGCUCCAGGGUACAUAGAGCAGCACUGCCUGAUGUAAUAAACCCUGGUCCUGGAGCCCUCUGUUGGCAAGGGACCAACCAAAAUUACUUUAAAAAACAAAAACAAAACAACAACAAAAAACAACCAAAACUAGAGCCCAAGACCCACAAGGAAAAGGCAUAUGCUGCAGCAAAAUGCACUUCUUGAGUGAAUAAAGGGAGAUAACCAAGUGAAUUUGAAGAACCUUAUCCUCAAAGUUCACAAAAAGCCACACAGACAUGAAAAAACAUUUCGGCCUGAAGUUCUCUAAACACAGCGGUCUUAAGCAGAUUAGCCUCGAAUAUUUUCCUCACUGAACUCUAGGCCCUUCACUUCCUUAAUGCUCUGGAUGGCAGGGGAUGGGGAUGCCUGGGAAACUGCUGCUGUAAGAUGGAAGCUGGAGGGAGACGUGGGCUGAGGAAAGAGCAAUCAGAUUAAUUCACUGGGUUGCAAAGGAGGUAUUCUAACAAGCCCCUUACAAUGGGCUUGAAAGCUCAAUAAGUGUUUUGUACCUCUUGUAAAUGUACCAUUGUACGACGAAUUCAACCCGACAUCUGGAAUUCAGGAUCCAUCCAAAAUUAAAGAAAGUAAAAUCUUUCCCAGGAUAAGUAUGCUACUUUUGGCCAGACAACUUCAUGGGUUCUUACUGCAUGUUAAAUUAGGACUUAUGGCCCAUUAUAAUAUAUUCUUGGUACAAGUGAAUAUGUUCUUUGCUUUACGUGACUCCAAUAAAAAUCCAAAGAAAAAUUUUAAUUUGGAGGUGAUGGUUCUCUUUACAAUAUGUUUAUAAUAUGAUUUUCUUUUCACAUUUAAAAGAUGAGUUCCAUUUGGGUUUACAAAAGGAAAUACAUAUAGUUGCUUGUAUAUGAUUAGAAAACUUCUUGAAGAAUAUAUAAGAAUGUAUUAACAGUAUUUGCUUCUGGAGAGGAAAUUAAAAAUUUUUUUUCAUUUUAUGUAAGACUUGACUGCACAUGUCUUAGCCUUAUUUUAGAAAAACAUGUUUUCAUUUGAUUUGCUUUCCUCAGUUUUUUCACAUUUACAGUGAAAAGGCAGAUAGUAGAUGUUUAGUUAAGCAGAGUAUUAAAUGAUCAGCCACAAAAGCAGCCUCACCCAAAAAGAUGCUAUUUUACAAUAAAAAUCUCCUGUCUGUUUCGGUUUCCACUUCCCUCUACAGUUUAUCCCUCCAUAGGGAUAAACCGCUAGCUCUAGUAGGCCACUCUUUUCUUUUCUCCUGAUGUCUGUGAAUCUUUCUGCACUAACAACAUGCUUGGAAAUACUUGAACCUGCUCGAUGUUUUCAGCAAAGCCAGGUCAGGCCUGGCUGGUGCUCUGAUAAUAUCCAGUGGCCAUAUUUCUUCAUCAUUGGCCCCAGCAACAGACCAUUAUUCCUCUUGAUUGUUGCAGUCAGUGGAGUGGUUGACAAGAUCAAUAGAUAUAUUACAUUUCAGCCUGGCAGAUAUGGGCUGCGUGGAUUAUGCUGCUGCUGUUUUGGCAGAAUCUUGUCCCAGAAGGAAACAUUCAGGUUGCCCACAUCUUGUAGUAGCACAGUAUCCCUGCUUCCCUUCAGGGGGUGAGAGAUUAACUGCAUGCAGAAGGAAAACCAAGGCAGAGAAAGGUGUUGGGUGGGGGAGAUAGCUACUCCCCGUGAAUUAGAAUGAUGUCUGGGUCAAUUAAUUUGCGCUGCUUGUAGGGAUAGAGUAGCCAGUAGCUUAUGGUGCCUGGGAGGAGAGUGGGCAGUUCUGGUCUGAUGUUAUUUUCAGAUUUAAAUUAGAGGAAUGUAGCUUCUCAACUGUCAGAGCCCGUAACUGCUGCAUUCCGUGGACCUCCUAGGAAUUUGUGUGGGCCCAGCAGGAGAUGGAAUCAGCAAGCUCAGUAGCUGUUGCCCAAGUACAUCAGACAUACUGGUCUUUAGCUGCCCAGUUUAUAAACGUUGUGGUACCCCCUUGUGUAUCAGAGGGUUUUCCUGACUUCUGGGAAACCAUGCUUUUCAUAAAUUUGUCCCUUUUCUUUUUUUUUUUUUUAAUAUUUAUUUAUUUAUUUUGGCUGCACCGGGUCUUAAUUGCGGCACGCGGGAUCUAGUUCCCCAACCAGGGAUUGAACGCCAGGCCCCCUGCAUUGGGAGCGUGGAGUUUUCCCCACUGGACACCAAGGAACUCCCUGUCCCUUUUGUUCUUAAAUCUCUUAUUAAUCCCCUUUAUUUUAUUUUUUUUGGCUGCAUUGGGUCUUCAUUGCUGCGCACGGGCUUUCUCUAGUUGCGGCGAGCAGGGGCUACUCUUCAUUUCAGUGCCCAGGCUUCUCAUUGUGAUGGCUACUUUUGUUGCGGAGCACAAGCUCUAGGUGCCCGGGCUUCAUUAGUUGCAGCACGUGGGCUUAGUAGUUGUGGCAUGC